UUGCAAACUUUAAACACAUCUUAAAACAAAGAGCACAGACAGAGAGACAAAAGCAGAACAAGGCGAUUCCUUUGUUAUCAUUUCUGUCUUCUUCUGUGUAGAGACGACCCUAAAAAAGUCAAACCUUUGAGACUUUUACUUUCUCCCUUUGGGCUUUUGUAUCAGAUUUUUUCAUCUUUCUCAAAUCUCAAGAAUCGAAUACCUUUCUGCUCUUGAAUCUCUCUCCAGUUGAAUUUGGAUGGUGAAACAAACUGCGAGAGUCAUGUCAUUAGUGAGGUCGGCUGAGCCAUCCGCUGCAACAUACAGGAACCCGAAGCUUCACUCCCUCAAUGAGAACGCUUACAACAGUGGUGAUACUUCUGUUGAAGUCUUUGUUCCGGACAGGUCCAAGAACACUUGUCUGACUGACCCAAGCCAAAGUUAUGACAAGUACUUUCUAGAUGAGUUUGUACAACAACAACAUCCUGUUACCUCUAGCUCGUUUGGAUCUUUGGACUCGUUUCCUUAUCAGUCUAGACCGGUUCUUGGAUGCUCCAUGGAUGGUUUUGAUGAUGAACAAAUGAGAUCAAAGAUUCAAGAGCUUGAAAGAGCGCUUCUCAGCGAUGAAGAUGAUCAGCUGAUGGAGGUUGACAACGAAUGGUCUUACCAAAACGAGAGCGAGCAGCAUCACAACUCCUCAUCUGCAGAUUCCAACUCUCAUUCAAGUAGUAGCAAAGAAGUGGUGUCGUCGUCAUCACAAGCAACUCCGAAGCAAAUGCUUAUAUCAUGUGCUCGUGCCUUAUCAGAAAGCAAACCAGAGGAAGCAUUGUCAAUACUAAACGAGGUAAGACAGAUAGUUUCAAUCCAAGGAGACCCUUCUCAGAGAAUAGCAGCUUACAUGGUUGAAGGUCUAGCCGCGAGAAUGGCUGCUUCAGGAAAGUUCCUCUACAAAGCAUUGAAAUGCAAAGAGCCUCCUUCUGACGAGAGGCUGGCUGCCAUGCAAGUCCUCUUCGAGGUCUGCCCUUGUUUCAAAUUCGGAUUCUUAGCUGCUAACGGUGCAAUAGUGGAAGCAAUCAGAGGCGAAGACGACGUCCACAUAAUAGAUUUCGAUAUAAACCAAGGGAACCAAUACAUGACACUGAUCAGAACCGUUGCUGAGCUUCCCGGUAAGGGCCCUCGCCUGAGGUUAACAGGUAUUGAUGACCCUGAAUCAGUCCAACGCUCAGUAGGAGGGCUGAGAAUCAUAGGCCUAAGACUGGAGCAACUCGCUAAAGAUCAUGGAGUCUCCUUCGAGUUCGAAGCAGUAGCGUCCAAGACUUGUAUUGUCUCUCCUCCAUCCACAACACUCGGUUGCAAACCGGGAGAGACUUUGAUCGUCAACUUCGCGUUUCAGCUUCACCACAUGCCUGACGAGAGCGUCACGACGGUGAACCAGCGCGACGAGCUCCUCCACAUGGUCAAAAGCUUGAACCCGAGGCUGGUCACGGUAGUUGAGCAAGACGUGAACACAAACACUUGCCCUUUCUUCCCGAGAUUCAUGGAGGCUUACGAGUACUACUCUGCGGUUUUCGACUCUCUUGACUUGACACUCCCGAGAGAGAGCCAAGAGAGGAUGAACGUGGAGAGGCAGUGUCUUGCUAGAGAUAUUGUCAACGUUGUUGCUUGCGAAGGAGAAGAGCGGAUUGAGAGGUACGAGGUUGCUGGGAAAUGGAGAGCGAGGAUGAUGAUGGCGGGUUUCAGUGCAAGGCCAAUGAGUUCUAGAGUGACAAGCAGUAUACAGAGGCUCAUAAAGCAAGAGUAUUGCAGUAAGUACAAGGUUAAAGAGGAGGUGGGUGAGCUCCUUUUUUGCUGGGGGGAUAAGAGUUUGAUCGUUGCUUCAGCUUGGAGGUGAAAAUGAUAGUAACAUAGUCUAUAUGUUCUAUCUA